GAGGGAGUCGGACCGGAAGUCUUAAAGGGGACGUCCAGAGCGUGGAUGGGGAGCGGUGUACGAGCAAUAUUUGGAAGCCCCCAGCCGGAAGUGGGGGAGUCAUUGAUAAAAAACCUGACUAGGAAACAGUGCUGGAGAUCCCAGUUGAAGCAACUCUUUUGAAUGGUCCAACAUGCUGAUAUCACGGCUAAUGCUUCCAAUCACACGGGCCGCUCGAUGUACAGAACGUUUUGUGUCAAGAUCGGCUGCUUCCCUUCUGGCUCUUAGACCAGCUAUUUCCGCACAUUACAGCACACAUCCCUCCAGUAAAAAUGGAGCCCACCUCCAACAGUGGUAUGCGCUGGACCCCGCACUGGAAGAAAUGCUGGUGCCUCGAAAGAUGUCCAUCUCUCCACUGGAAAGCUGGCUGACGGUCCAGUAUAUACUCCCAAAAGGUGGGGGCUUCAUCAAUGUUCAUGAGAGGCUCAAUUACGAACCCGCUCAGCACUAUGACCUUCCGCCUUGUUCUCGGGGUACUGAGGAGGACGAAGAAAUUGGGGAGAGUGAGCUGAACCAGGGGACUAUGGAAUGCAAGAAGAUCCUGAAGAUCCGGAGGAGGAAAAUGAAUAAGCACAAGUACAGGAAGUUGAUGAAGCGCACAAAGUUUUUGCGGAAGAAGAUUAAGGAGGGCAGGCGGAAGAGAAAACAGAAAAGAUUUGAGCGUGACCUAGAACGGGUCUGGAGGAGAGCUGGAUUGAAGAAGCCGCCAGAGGGAUGGGUAGCCCCCAAGAUAUACCUCAAAAAUGUGAAAUCUGAUUGAUGCUGUUUUGAAUGGGUCUCCCUGGUUUAUAAUUAAAGAGUAUUUAAGCUAAA